AUGGCUGAUCGAGAGCGAUCUAGGUCGCGCUCGCCUCGGCGCGAUCGUGAAAAAGACCGCGAGAGACCGAGAAAACAGGGAGGCUUCAAAUGGAAGGACAACAGCCGCCGUGACGACCGCGAAGACCGACGAGGCCUUGAGCGAGGCUACCGCAACCGCUCCCGAUCCCCUCGCCGCGACGCAGACAGAGACCGUCGCCCCCGCGACGGUGACCGUGAUCGCGAUCGCGAUCGCAAUCGUAACAACGACAGCUACCGCCCGCGUGAUUCCGGCGCCAGGGACAGCAGGCCCAGCGCCUCGAGCUCCAAGGAUGCGCCGAAAGCCGCCAAGAAGGAGAAGCCCAAGCCCGUGCCUGCGCCUGCUGCCGGCGGCGAGGAGAUGAUCAUCGUACACGUCAACGAUCGCCUGGGAACCAAGGCCGCGAUUCCCUGCUUGGCUUCGGACCCUGUCAAGAUGUUCAAGAUUCUGGUGGCUGCGAGAGUCGGCAGAGAGCCCCACGAGAUUCUGCUGAAGCGACAGGGCGAAAGACCGUUCAAGGACAACCUCACGCUGGAGGACUAUGGUGUCAGCAACGGUGUACAGCUGGAUCUUGAGGUCGAUACUGGUGAUUAA